AUGGAGCUGCUAAUGGCGGGUCUCCUGAAAUCAAGCUUUUGGAUACAGAGGAGUAUCAGCCGGGUAGGUGUCAUUGAGCUAAGCUCGUACGUGUUGUGCGGCGCUCCGCUGAGGGAUGGAAUUGCGCAGCAACUGGGGCCCGCGCCAGAUACAGGAGGGGUUUCGCUGCCAGCGGCAGGUGUGCUGGACGGGGAUGACUAUGACCGGCGAAGCUGCAACCAUUCGUCUCAGACCGGAAGCUCGGGGACGGACACGUCCACAGACAGAGAUUCACGGUCAAGACAGCAGGUUCCUGAGGAGCUUUCGGGUGAAAUGGCACCUGGGCAACGGGUUGCGAAAGUGACCCAUGGGUUGCCAGUGAACGCCGUCACGGAGCUGAAGAAGGGAAGUGCAGAGGGUAGCACGGGCUGUGAUGGGCCUGACAUAUCUCCAGCGCGGAGAUCUGGUUCUGCGUGUGGAUCUAGAGAAGCGCCACGGACGAGCGGGGGCAACCGCGCAAGGGACUCCGCCUUCGGGGCCGCGGGGUGUCGAGGCGCAGGUGCUCAGGGCUACCAGCAUGGCCUCUGCGGAGGAGACGUAGCCGCGGGACCCUCUGGCCGACCAGCUGCAUCUGCGCCACUGCUGCUGCUAAUACCGCUCACGCUUGGGAUGGAUAAGAUCAACCCGGUGUACCUACCGCAGCUGCAACGGAUUCUCACCUGGCCGCAAAGCGUGGGCAUCGUGGGCGGGCGGCCUAGCGCGUCGCUAUACCUUUGUGGCGUGCAGGACAGCUCGUUUUUGUUCCUGGAUCCUCACGAGGCGCAACCUACGGUCCGGUGGGGGAUAGCCGGGGAUGCUGGCCACACUAAAGAAGCCGGGAACGGUGGCUCCGCGGUUGUAUUGCCUGCCAGCUCUCUGGCGACCUACUUUUGCGAUACAGUGCGCUUGAUGCCUGCCACGGCUCUGGACCCGUCUAUGGCGAUUGGGUUUCUGUGCAUGGGAGCAGCUGACCUGGAGGACCUAUUCACCCGGCUGGACGCACUGGCAAAGGAGCACAGCCUUGCGCCGUUAAUGACUCUGACGUCGGGCACAGCUCAGGCUGGCGUGGGGCUGGAGGACGAUUUCGGGGAGCCUGAAGUCGGUGGGGCACAGCAUGGGGGCCAGCAGCAACAGCUGGAGGAAUGGGAGUUGGUGUAG